AUGGCGAACCCUCUUGACACAGAUGCCGGCUCAGAGCUUUUCAGCAGCUACGAGGCCGAGCUGAAGCUUAUCCAGGCCGAUAUCAACCAGAAGCUUGACCAGGUUGCAGAAGCCAGCGGAGAACAACGCAAGGCGGCCAUUAGUCACACAGAAAGAGCUUUGGAUGAAGCAAAUGAACUGCUCGACCAAAUGCGCAUGGAGAAGCAGAAUAUCCCAUCAGCAGCACGCUCAAAAGUAAACGUGCGAUUCCGCAACUACUCGAGCGAUAUCGACGGACUGAAGCUUAAAUUAAAAUCGCUAUCAGACGAUCGCCGAGCGCUCUUUGGAGAUCGGUAUACCGAUGACCCGGAGGCCGGAGAUGCGCACAUGGAGCAAAGGCAACAGUUGUUGUCCGGCACAGAGCGUUUAGAGCGCAGCUCUGCUCGUCUACAAGAAAGUCAGCGCCUGGCUUUGGAAACCGAGGAUAUUGGCCGGGGUACCCUGGCCGACCUGGAAGUACAGCGUCAGACGAUUGAGCGGACUCGGCAGAACUUGCAUCAAAGUGAAGGCUAUGUCGAUACCAGCAUCAAGACACUGCGGGGUAUGGCUCGAUGGCUACAAAUCGGCUUAUAA